CCAUUGGUGGUAUCUAUCUACCCCGCUCAUUGCAGGCUGGAAUCCAGUGUCAACGUUGCAAGAACGCAUACAGGCACUUAGAAGGGCGGACACAUGAAGGACCUUCUCACCGAUGCGAACUUCCCAAAGACCCAGGAUGGGCGAGUGUAUCACCUGGGCAUCCGCGCUGGCGAGGUCGCCAACCGCAUCGUCACGAUUGGCUCGACCUCGCGCGCCCAUCGCAUCGCCGCGAUGCUGGAUGCCGAGCCCAAGAGGUUCGAGCUAUCCUCCGAGCGAGGCUUCCUGACCAUCACGGGCCGCUACAAGGGCGUGCCCGUUUCGAUUGUGUGUAUCGGUAUGGGUGCUCCCAACGUGGACUUCUUCAUCCGUGAAGUGAGAGAGUGCAUCGAGGGCGACAUGGCUGUCAUCAGGCUAGGCUCGUGUGGCUGCCUGACAGAUCUCCCGGUGGGCUCGCUGGUGCUUCCGACUGCCAGCGUCGCAGUAACUCGGAACUUCAAUUACGAUUUCGUCGAGGGCGAUCCAUGGGAAGUACCCUACCAUGUCUCUAGGCCCGUCCAAGCAGAUCCUCUCUUGCACCAGACCCUGAACGACGCGCUGGCGCGAGCGCGUCCUGCGGACUCGAAUACGGCCAUAUUUGCGGACGCCGUAAACGCCUCAGCAGAUAGCUUUUACUCUUCUCAGGGGCGCCAAACAGCGUUCCACGACCACAACUCCGACUUGAUCGAGAACCUCAAGCGGGCAGUACCCAAGUUAACGACCCUUGAAAUGGAAACCUUCUACGUGAUGCACCUCGCACGUUCAUGGCGGGGUAGCACCGACCUCUCGUCGCCAUCGUCGGCCCCUCCGCUCACCGCCGGCCCGGUGCGCCCCGCUGACCCCGCGGGCAAGCCGCAGGGCCAGCACGCACGGGUGGGUUCUCGUAGCAGCGCCGCCCGCGCGAGCGUGAUCAGAGCGGCUGCGGUGCACAUGGUGUUCGCGAGCCGGAGCUCGAGCGACUUCAUCACGCCUGAGAAAGUCGCCGAGGCGGAGGAGUGGACGGGGCGCGGGGUGCUGGAGGCGCUGAUUGCGUUUGAUGUGCCUAAGGGGAAUCUGCAUCCGGAAGAAGGGUCUGUGUGGGAUCUGAAUGGGAAUUGAGCCGUGUGCUUGAUUUUGAAGGAUUUAGACGUGUAUAGGUAUGUAGUAGACAAUGUCACAACUCAUAGAGUAUCCUGCGAAGCGCAGACAAGUGCAAAACAAACGUCUCCUGUUUACGCUUCAAC